GCACAUCCGCCGUGUCUACGUCUACGGGACGCCGACGUGAAGGCCUCGCGUGCACGCCGGUGAGAUACACGGGUUCCUUAUCUAUGGUUGUGUCGCGUCUGGCAUCACGACUUCGAGAAUCCGCUUCAACGAUGUAUAUGUACUACCGCAUCGCCAACGGUUCAAAAGCCGAGCUUGUGUGCUUCCAUGAGUGGUCGUCGAGGGCUUCUCUCACAGACCCGGAUCUCCUAGAACGAUGUCUAGCAUAGGUGUCUCGGAAUUCAGGCCACUGCUAGAUCAAAGCGUUGGCUAUGGCGUCGUCGUUGGCGUUGGAUUCUUCUUCGCCGCGCUUAUGCUUGUCUUGACGGCCCUGCAAGCUAAGUUCUCCAAGUUCUCACCCACUUCGUCUGAGGAAUUCUCGAGCGCCUCGAGAAGCGUCAAGCCAGGACUUGUGUGUUGUGGAAUAGUCAGUGCAUGGACAUGGAGCGCAACCUUGCUGCAGUCAAGCACAGCGGCCUAUACCUUCGGUGUCAGCGGGCCAUGGUGGUACGGGGUCGGAGGCACUAUCCAACUCGCCUUCUUCGCCAUGGUGGCGGCGAAGGUGAAGAUGAACGCAAACGGCGCACACACGUUUCUGGAGAUCGCAAAGAUACGGUUCGGAACGGGCGUCCACUUAUUGUUCACGUUCUACGCGUUCCUCUGCAUCCUCGUUGUUUGCGGUUCUCUUCUGCUGGGCGGGGCGGCGACUGUGAAUGCCUUGACAGGUAUGAACGUCAUUGCAGCAUGUUUCCUGCUCCCGAUUGGAAUCGCCGUCUACGUGAUUUUCGGUGGCCUUCGUGCGACAUUCAUGUGCGACUGGGCUCACACCAUCAUCCUGUUCAUCAUCAUCUACCUCUUCCAAGGCCACGUUUAUGGGACGUCGCCAGAUACAGGAAGCAUCGGCGCUCUGUACGACCUGCUUGUGCAGGCGGGUGUCGACAAUCCAGUCGACGGGAAUCAAGGAGGGAGCUACUUGACGAUGAAGUCAAACCAAGGGAUGGUAUUCGGCGCGGCGACGAUCCUGUCAGGAUUUGCUGGGGUAUUCUGCGACCAAGGGUAUUGGCAACGUGCUAUCGCGAGUGCGCCGGAGUCAACGACGAAAGCAUACAUGCUUGGCGGCUUGUCGUGGUUCGCCGUACCUUGGGCAUUCGCGUCAUGCCUCGGCUUGGCUGCGCGCGCGCUGCAGAAUAAUCCGAAAUUCCCUACCUACCCUAACCCACUGUCAGCAGAGCAGACGAGUGCAGGUCUUGCGGCGCCUGCUGCUGCUGCAGUGGUGAUGGGGAAAGGCGGCGCGAUAGCAAUAUUAUUGGUCGUGUUCAUGGCCGUGACGUCUGCCAUCAGCGCAGAACUGAUUGGUGUGUCUAGUCUUUUCUCCUAUGACAUCUAUCGCACCUACUUCCGACCGAAUGCAACCAGUGCAGAGAUUGUCCGCGUUUCUCACUACUUCAUCUGCCUAUGGGCCGUGUGGGCCGGUGCAUGGGCUACAAUACUCAACGCGGCAACGAUCGACCUCGGAUGGCUCUUCUACGUGCAGGGUGUCGUCCUCAGUCCAGCCGUGAUACCGAUCGCUUUGACAGUGACGUGGUCGAAGCUCUCGCGAGCUGCCGUUUUCAGCGGGUCAAUUGUUGGAGCGAUCCUCGGUAUGCUUGCUUGGAUGAUAGGCUGCUGGAAGAUAUAUGGGGAGAUAAACGUGGCCAACCUCGCUGAGCCCUACUCGGCCGUCUGCAGCGGACUCACUGGUCUACUAUUCUCUGGACUCAUCACUGUGUUUGUAUCGCUUGCGAAACCUGCGAAUUACGACUUCGCCGACACAAGGGCCAUCGCCGUAUAUGAGGACGUGGAAGGAGAUGGUUCAAUAUCUGACAAAAGUGUGGACGACAACAUCAAACCAGAUAAAAACCCGUACGAUGAGAAGCAAUCAGCUGUGGUUGCGGAGGCUAGGCCAGUCGGUGCAGCGCCCCAUCAGCCUCGGCUUGCAGCGAGUAGGGAAGAGCUUAAACGAGUGUUCAAGCGCGCUGCGUGGUACUCGCUAGCCCUCACUCUCAUAGUGGCGAUCAUUGUGCCCUUACCGAUGUUCUUCUCCCAUUACAUCUUCAGCAAGGCAUUCUACAAGUUUUGGGUCGCGUGUACGAUUAUUUGGGUUGGUAUGAGUGGCGUUUUCUGCAUCAUACUACCUAUUUGGGAGUCCCGAAAGGAGAUCCAGCUCAUUAGCGUUGGUGUAUUGAGUCUGAUGUUGCGCAGGAAAUCUCAGGCGGGAGAUGUGUAACGUAGACUUGCAGGAGUUGCUGGUUGUAAUCCUCAAGACAUGUCGUUGGUGUCAUGAACAAGUACUAUGUCCUGCCACAGCUCUAGAUGUGUCCGCGCUACCGGAAUGAACACGUCACAUGUUCAAAGUAAACCAUUUGUAGUCGCUAAAGUACUUCCCUAUAGACAUCGUUGUGGUGCAC